AUGUCUUGCGGUGAAGCAGGAUGGAUCGGGCCCCUUGCCCGUUCCAACUGCGAGUUACUCGAAGUGCAGAUGGUAGCAGUGACCUCCCUCUCUUUAUUAGUCCUCAUGGCCACCCACUUCUUUCUGCAAGGAAUUCUGCUAUGGAGUUUUCACCAGGAAGCAGACAUGGUCGGAGGCAGAGAUGAAAUGGUGGGGAGGAGGCCUAUUUGGCCCCUAUUUGGCCUCCUGGCCAUCCACUUCCUUUUGCAAGGCUGCAAUGCUUCCGAAUGCCCCAAUGGCUGGGUGAAGUACCAGAGGCAGUGCUACGGGGUUUUUUUCAAGAAGCAAGAUUGGUUACAGGCUGAGAUGGAGUGUCAGAAUUAUGGCAAUCACGGCCACCUUGUGUCCAUUAUUUCGAAUCAAGAGGGAGAGGUGCUGUCUACCCACAUACUCAACAAUUUCCCCGAUGGGGAGUCAUUCUGGAUUGGACUGCGAGACCGACUGAAGAAAGGACUUUGGAGGUGGUCAGAUUUAUCUACGUCCAUGUACACAGCUUGGGUUGAUGGAGCACCCAAAAACGUUGACGAAAGUGGAUUCUGCGCCUACGUAUCAGUCAAGCAAAAAUUCCUGAAGUGGAACGACACAUUCUGCAAUACGCAGAUGGCCUUCAUCUGUGAAAUCCUGUUGUAG